AUGACUAAGGUCGAAAACAGGAAAGACACCAGCGUGUCCACCAAUAGCGUAUAUCAGACUAUAAUUCCCCUGCUUCCUGGCGAUGCUGUUCCCGUGUGUUACGGGGACAGCUUGCCGGUUACACAUUCUAUCACUGAGUACAAGCGUGAUGACGAGAAGCGCUUGCUUGGGACACAUAACACGGAGUUCCCAAGGGAAGAUGAGAAAAGCUUCCUGGGGACACAUUUUAACUCGGAGUCCCCACGGGAAGACAAGAAACGCUUGCUGGGGACACAUUCUAACACGGAGUUCCCAAGGGAAGAUGAGAAAAGCUUCCUGGGGACACAUUCUAACACGGAGUCCCCACGGGGAGACAAGAAACGCUUGCUGGGGACACAUUAUAACACGGAGUCCCCACGGAGAGACAAGAAACGCUUGCUGGGGACACAUUCUAACACGGAGUCCCCACGGGGAGACAAGAAACGCUUGCUGGGGACACAUUCUUACACGGAGUCCCCAAGGGGAGACAAGAAACGCUUGCUGGGGACACAUUCUAAUACGGAGUCCCCAAGGGGAGACAAGAAACGCUGGCUGGGGACACAUUCUUACACGGAGUCCCCACGGGGAGACAAGAAACGCUUGCUGGGGACACAUUCUAACACGGAGUCCCCAAGGGGAGACAAGAAACGCUUGCUGGGGACACAUUCUAACACGGAGUCCCCACGGAGAGACAAGAAACGCUUGCUGGGGACACAUUAUAACACGGAGAGACAAGAAACGGGAGACAAGAAACGCUUGCUGGGGACACAUUCUAACACGGAGUCCCAACGGGGAGACAAAAAACGCUUGCUGGGGACACAUUCUAACACGGAGUCCCCACGGAGAGACAAGAAAAGCUUGCUGGGGACACAUUCUAACACGGAGUCCCCACGGAGAGACAAGAAACGCUUGCUGGGGACACAUUCUAACACGGAGUCCCCACGGGGAGACAAGAAACGCUUGCUGGGGACACAUUAUAACACGGAGUCCCCACGGGGAGACAAAAAACGCUUGCUGGGGACACAUUCUAACACGGAGUCCCCACGGAGAGACAAGAAAAGCUUGCUGGGGACACAUUCUAACACGGAGUCCCCACGGGGAGACAAGAAACGCUUGCUGGGGACACAUUCUUACACGGAGUCCCCAUGGAGAGACAAGAAACGCUUGCUGGGGACACAUUCUAACACGGAGUCCCCACGGAGAGACAAGAAACGCUUGCUGGGGACACAUUCUAACACGGAGUCCCCACGGAGAGACAAGAAACGCUUGCUGGGGACACAUUCUAACACGGAGUCCUCACGGAGAGACAAGAAAAGCUUGCUGGGGACACAUUCUAACACGGAGUCCCCACGGAGAGACAAGAAAAGCUUGCUGGGGACACAUUCUAACACGGAGUCCCAACGGGGAGACAAGAAAAGCUUGCUGGGGACACAUUCUAACACGGAGUCCCCACGGGGAGACAAGAAAAGCUUGCUGGGGACACAUUCUAACACGGAGUCCCAACGGGGAGACAAGAAAAGCAGAGGUUAG